ACGUGAACUGCCUGGGAAAGAGACGUGCAAACUCAACAGAAGGCUUGAAUUUGGACACGAAUUUGUAGAUUUUGUCGCGCAACGAAAAACCCUUGUUUUUAUCCUAAAUAGGAUGGCAGAUGAAGAAGCUUUGCUCAAGAAAAAGUUGGAGAAUACCACUGAUUUCGAAGAAAGACGGGAAAUCAGACAACAACUGAGGGAAGUGCGAAAGAAGAAACUUGAUGCUUUACAAUCUGAUACAACAGCAAAUGAAAGACCAAGGAGAAGGGAAAGAGUGAAAAGAGAAGAACAGUCAACGGUCAUUACAGAGAUGAAAACUACAGGUGUAAGCGACAGUGACACCUCACAGCCAACACAGACUACUAUCGAGGUUAAUUAUAGUCGUACUGUUGUUACUGAAGGACCUUCUGAAAAUGGUAUUGAGAAUGGACAUGUUGAAAGCGAAAAAUUUGUUGAGGAAGAAACAGUUUGUGUUGAAGAUGAAACUCCAGUAGAGAGGCAACCAGUUGAAGCAGAGAGUGGAACUCAAUUUACUGUACAAAUCAAUGGAGAGAAAAGUCUGCAGGAUAGCGAGGAGGAGCAAGGGAUAUCAGCACCUCAAGAAAUCUCUACAGAAACUGAAAUUGUGGUUGAAACUUCAGAAACAGCUACUGAUAGUAAAGAAGAAGAAACAGGGAACAAGGAAGACGAAGAAGUGGAAGAAGAAGUGGAAUUGACACCAGAAGUGAUUGAGAAAAUGGAAGAUGUAGAUCAACUUGAAAAGCUGCUCAAAGAUGUUCCUCUAAAUGAAUAUGCACUUAGAAAGGCAAUAAGACUGCAGAUAAGACAGCUCAAAGUCAAGCAAGAGGCAAGCAAAGAAACUGAAAAUGCGUCAAGGUUAAAAAAGGAAAAACGGGUUAGUGAACAGGAUAAUUUACCAGGAAAUGAUAUACCCUCAAAACGUGCACCAUCUCAGUUGUAUGGAACUGGCGAAUCAAAUGAAACUAAAACUGCAGCAGAUUCGACAUUGGACAAGCUUGAAACCGAGAAUGAGAUUAAAACAAACGUUGGUGAUAAAAAGCGGCAAUCAUUGGCAAGUGACUCUGAGGCAGAUGAUGCUUCAUCCUCCAUUUCCAGCUCAACAUCCGAGGGUACAUGUACUUCAGAAUCCAAUCCCAAAACUCCACCUCCACGACCUCCAAAACCUUCAAGACUCCCAGCGAGCCCAGUCACAACUGAUUCGGAACUCAAGGGAGAUUUCAAAACAAAAAUCCUUGGAGCCUCUGCAAGUCCUUUGAGAGAUCUGACAAAAAAACCAAAACCGCCAGGUCCUGAACAAUUGGACUUCCGAGGACAACUGAAGAAGACUGGUUUGAGAGCUGAUAAAGAUCUGACAGCACAGGGGAGAAAGCAGCAACAAGAGGGAGACUUCCGUAGACAGCUUAAGACAACAGGUGUAGAUACAUCAAGAAAUCUGUCAGCAGUGAGAAAUGUGGGUAAGAAAAAGGGGGGAGUUGAACAGAUUGAUUUCAGAGGACAUCUAAAUAAAACAAAGAGUUCAGAAAGUGCUGUUGAUAAAAAAGGGCCACCACGACCUCCUCCAACAUAUUUAUCAAAGAAAGCCGAACCUGGAGCUUCAUCCUAUCAAUCCCCUGCGAGAACCCAAACAAGAGAAGCCAGUGAAGAUGUUAAGACAGCUGACGCAAAAGAGAGUCGAAAGAUUUCUAGUGCAGACUUGUUGAACAUGUUGCAUAAACCUGUUGAGACAUCUAAGGAAAGUUUUCUUGUGCAGCGUGGUAUCAAAAAGGCUGAGACACCAAAAUCUGCAGCCCAGAAAUUUAUUGUACCAGCAACUGAUGAGAACUUUCAGGCUCGAAUGGCACAGAGAAAGGAGAGAUCAGAUAAACUUAUCCUAUCUGUCAGAGAUUCUCAAGCACAAAGGAGGACUUCUAGUGGCGAUGAAACGAAAGAUUUUCGAGCUGUUCUGAAAAAAGCUGCUAUCCAAAAAUCAAGAGCAAUGCCGAAAGAAGCUGAUCUGGAAACAGGGGAAGGACCUUCAACUGGCAGAGUCAAACAGAAUGAAAGAUUUUCCGUAGACAUCCAGGACAAGAAUGAACUUCAAAAGUUGAGAGCUCAGCUAAUACAAGAAAAAGAAACAAAGGACAAGGCAGUUCCAGGAGGUAAAAGUGUGACAAAAUCUGUCAAGUCAGAAGGAGAUGGUACUAAAGAAGUCACGACCACAACAGAGAAGACUACCGAAGUUGAAGAGACAGAUGCAGGUCCAGCUGAGAUUACCAGAGAAGUUAAAAAGACAACUGAGGUUCACAAGGCCGGUGGAGCAACCAUGACAGUGACUAGAACAUCUCGGACUACGGAGAUGCGACAAACAGGAGGAAGUAAAGGAAUGUCAAUUGAUGCUCUGUUUGCCCAGAAGAAGAAAGAGAAAAUGAUGGCCAAGAAACAGCUACAGGCAGACACAAAAAACAAGAGAAUGGCUUUCAAACAGCAGCUGGAGGCUCAAUCCCCAAAAGUUGAAGGAGGAGGGAGAAAUUUCACAAGUGGAAACACCGCUGUGAACCAGCUGCAGGAAUGGUGUCGUCGAAGGACCAAAUAUCACGAGGGAGUAGACAUUCAAAACUUUACAACCAGCUGGGCCAAUGGUCUUGCUAUGUGUGCUUUGCUGAAUUACUUCCUGCCUGAGAAGAUUCCAUAUGACACUCUAGAUCCUAGCGACAAGAGGGGAAACUGGGGACUUGCUUUUAAAGUUGCAGGGGAAGAGGGCAUUGAACCACUGUUGGAGUUGGAGGAUGUCAUGUCAGUUGAGGUACCAGAACCUAAAAGUCUGAUCACGUACGUCCAUUUUAUCUACCAACACUUUGCUGAGAAACAACAGCAGCAGAAGAAGGCAUAGAUACUCCUCUGUUGACCAGGUCCUGUGUAAUGUAAUCCUCCACAGAACAAGUCAAUAAUAAUGUCAUUUUAUAACAAUUAUUAAGGGUUUAUUCGCCAUUAAGUAUAGUCCUAGGAGGAUUGGGAACAAAUCUUUUUGAUAUCUGUUCAAAUAUCUCGGCCAGCCUUUUCAAAGAUUCUUAUUUGGCCGCCUUUUCAGCCUUGUUAUAAUAAUAAUCCCAAUCGGUUUACAAAGUUUAUUUCAUAGAACAUCCAGUAAUAGUAUUGUCCAGUAUAUAGAAAUCCACUUGUAAGUUAUUUUAUAUUAAUUUCAGAAGAAGUAAAGAUAGGGCCGAUCAUAUAUGGCCUAAAUAAUGUUCAGAAUAUUAAGCAUUUUUUCAAAAAUUGAAUCUAAUUGUUUUCUGAUGGAAUCAAUUAUGCUAUUAGCCAUCAGAGUUCAGUUUAGUAGCGAUUUUUUUUUUUAUGUAGAUUAGUUGUGUAACAUGUAAAUCAAAUGAAUUAUUCGAAUGGGUUUUCCAAAAGUGCUGCUGGAAUCAGUCUUUGAUAAUGUUGAAACAAAAAUAUUAUAGUUUUGAAUUAAUACAGUUUAAGAUAUUAAAAUUUUGAUUUUGAAAUUUUCAAUAUAAUGCCUUACCAAAGAAUCUUUUGGGGCAAGUACCAGUUUUACAGUCAGUUCUGAGGCAUAAAUUAAGUUUUUGUAGGGUUUUAGUAGAUUUUGCCACAUUGAAUUUUCAUGGUACAAGAAAAGUGUACUUUGGAAGGGAUAUAGGAAGAGGAUUAGACUACAAGACAUUACAAUGAGUUUUGUACCGACAAAAAGUCGGCUUCAAUCGUUAGUUAAGUCUAUUUUUGUUGCGUUUAGGGACUACUUUAUGUUGCUUUGUGUUGGGUAAUAAUGGUUUAAGUUUAACAAUUUGUUCAGAAUUCUAUUGGUGGAGAAUCACAACUUUGAACAAUUUUGAAGUAACUUUCAAUUGUCAAUAUGUUAGUGUCGAGUUAAGCCCACAGUGAAUAUUUCCCAGCAAAAAUGCUCUUAUAUAUUUACUGUAGGUAGAGCUCAAGGAGUGAGUAUUUAAACCAAGCCGGUUUAUGUGAAGUAGAGGUUGUCACGGGGCGCGGACUAAAUUGAAUUACUACAACUUGGAAGAGGCAGUUCGUAACAAAAUGUUGUUCGUAGAUGUAGUAAACUUUGGCUCAGACUUUCAAGUUUUCAGAAAUUCACCUAUUGUGUUAGCCUAGCUUGUAAAUUCACUUGCUUUCUCCGUUAUCACGUGACUACGUGACUUUUACUUGUGAAACAAAUAUGACAAGUUUGGAAUUUUGAACUUGUUGCGUAUGUCAGUGAACGAACUGAGAGCCUUCUUUAUACAGAAAUCUCUGUCAGUUGGUUAAAAGAAACAACAACAACAACAACAACAACAACAAAAAAACAAAGGAAAAAGAACUGGGUUAGUAAUAUAUUUGUAGACCAGGGGCCAGAUGUUCGAAGGGUUAUAACGCUCAGUUGAUAAGUAUUGGUGAAACAAUCUACACUUAUCCACUGAAUACUGAUUUAUCCGGUGGAUAGCGUCAUACACCCUUUAAACAACUGGGGCCAGUACUGUAGCAAAAUUUGUGCACAAUGUUUACUUCAGAGAAGAGUGAAUUUGAUAAUUAAACAAUUUUUAUUGUAGAUAAUUUAAAGUAAGUUUUACAUUAUACAAUACUAUCAUAUAGACGAGUAUUAAAAUGUUUGAAAUAUAUGGCAUAUGA